AAGUUGAAGAAAUUCAUUGCCACUUCUCUUUCUCAUAGGCUCAGUUGCCUCCUUUCUUUCUCAUCUUCUAUAUACAUACACGCACUUGUAUCUAUACCCCCCUCUCUCUCUCUGUAACAUCUUUUUCACUUCUUACAAACAAUUCUUAAAACCCCAAAUCUGAUCUGAUCUGCUCUGCUCUGAGCACAUGACAUAUUCUUGGUUUUUUCUUAGCUUUCAUCGGAACCCAUAAAGGGAUAUUGGUGCAGUGCCAAAUCGAUCUUGAUCAAUCCGGCAAAUCACAGAAUGCUCGUGUGAAGGGCAAAUGUAAAUAGUUCAAAAACACUAAGAAAGUUGUUUUGAUUGUGACAACUAGUGUCAAAAUCUAACAUCAUUAACGGUUUUCAUGUGACAAACAAUCAGGACAGCACCUUCUGCUAUGAAUUUUCUUGUUCCAAAUUAGGUGUUGUUGGAUACAUUAAAUAUUCUACUCAACAGUGCCGUUAGUGAAUCUUGAUCCGUUUACCAGUGAGAAUGAGCAACUGAAAAAUUCGAUCUUUUUGUUACUAAAGUUUGUGAAAUGGAAUCUGAGGCCCUAAUUGCAAAAUCCCGAUUAAACGUGUCACACCGAUUGUUUCAUGCUGUUGUACCGGUACUUUUUGUUGCAGUCACGUAUGUUGAUCCCGGAAAAUGGGUUGCAGCAGUCGAAGGUGGGGCCCGUUUUGGUUACGAUCUUAUGAUGCUGAUGUUUGUUUUUAGUUUGGCUGCUGUCCUCUGUCAAUACCUUUCAGCUUGUAUCACUGUAGUCACCGGACGAGAUCUUGCUCAGAUAUGCAGCUCAGAGUACUCCCCGAUCACGUGUAUCUUUUUAGGGAUUCAAGCCGAACUAUCCAUGAUUGCGCUGGAUCUUUCUAUGAUUUUGGGCACCGCACAUGCGCUUCACCUGAUGUUCGGCAUAAGCUUGUUCACUUGUGUCUUGUUUACUUCUUUGGAUGUUUUUCUAUUCCCUCUUUUCUCCGGUUUGUUGGAGACUGGUAAAGCAAAGUUCAUGUGUGUGUGUUUGGCAAGCUUUGCUUUACUUUCGUAUCUGUUUGGUGUGCUAGUAAGUCAACCCGAUACAUCACUCGCAGUUAGUGGCGGUACGCUAAUACAAUUCAGCGGUGAAAGUGUUUUCGCAUUGAUCAGUCUUCUCGGUGCAAGCAUUAUGCCUCAUAAUUUCUAUCUUCAUUCAUCUUUCGUGCAGCAAAUGCAGGGGCUGGGACCGGUUUCAAAGGAAGCCGUGUGUCUCGAUCAUCUUUUUGCCAUUUCUGGUGUUUUCAGUGGCAUUUUCGUUGUAAAUUACGUUCUGAUGAACUCGGCUGCAAAUGUUUUCUACAGUACCGGCCUUGAUUUGCUUACGUUUCAAGAUGCAUUGUCGCUAAUGGAUCAGGUAUUUAGGAAUCUGACCGGACCGUUCGCUUUAAUGUUGCUUCUCCUGCUUUCUAAUCACACCACUUCAUUGACCUGGAAAUUCAGUGGUCAACCCAUCCUUGAUAACUUCUUCAAAGUCAACAUCCCGGGCUGGUUUCAUCACUCCACAAUCCGAUCAAUCGCCAUUAUUCCUGCACUCUUGUGUUCAUGGCAUUCUGGGGCCGAGGGUACAUACCAACUACUAAUCUUUACACAAAUCAUGAUCGCCUUUUUGCUUCCGUCUUCCGUUAUCCCUCUUUUCCGGAUUGCAACAUCAAGAUCAGUAAUGGGCGCGAACAAAGUUUCAAGCUUUGUCGAGUUUUUGGUGUUGAUCACGUUUAUCGGGAUGUUUGGUCUAGCAGUUAUAUUUGUUAUUGAAAUGGUGUUUGGGAACAGUGAUUGGGCAAGUAACAUCAGAUGGAACAUCGGCGGUAGCCCGUAUACUAUACUUCUCGUGACUGCGUGCGUUUCGUUCUUUCUGAUUCUUUGGCUUGUUGUAACCCCUUUGAAAUCCGCAAGUUUGAGAUCAGACGUUGUGCAAGAAUCGUUAACGGAACAUGAUCGAGUUGAAGAAUCCAGAGAAAAGAAAGUAACAUCAGUCGCACCGAGUUUCGGGCCUGUGGAAAUUAUGGAAUCGGAUAAAGGGGUUCGGUUGACUACCAUUGAAGAAAAUUCAUCCGAAACUGUAAAUGUAAAUUCAUCGGCACCAGAGGAAUCACCCGUAUCGGUUUCAGCAGGUGAAGACUUGAAGAAGGAAGAACCUGAGUCGAUCGAAAAGACGUUGAGAAUCGAUGGGAAUUCGCACAUGAAAGAGAAAGACGUUUGGCAGCCUGAAGAAGUGGUCAAAGUAGUGCCGGAAACGAACCAUUUGGUCAGACCCGAUGGUCCGGCGUCGUUUAAGAGUCUAGGUUUGAAACACGACGAUGUAGGAAGUGGUACGGGAAGUUGGUCAAAGUUAGCUGGAUUGGGGCGUGCUGCAAGGCGUCAGUUAGCUGCUGUUCUUGAUGAGUUUUGGGGCCAGUUGUUUGAUUUUCACGGGGAACCAACGCAAGAAGCGAAAGCGAGAAAACUCGAUAAGUUACUAGGAAUAGAUUCUAAGGUGAAUAUGAAUCCGAACUCAAAACCGAAGGCGUUAAAGGUGGACAACAAAAGUUUAUUCGACUCUACGAGGCAGCAGAGUGUGCAAGCCCGUAGCCCAUCGUCGUUGUUGUCAACACAAAUGCAACUACUAGACGCAUACGCACAACGGUCAAACCUCAAUGCGAUGGAUGCCGGUGAGAAACGCUACCAUAGCUUGCGGCUUCAGUCAUCUUCCGGUGGUCUAAGAAUCCCACAAGUUUCUAGUGGAUACGAUGAUCAGCCGGCUACGGUUCAUGGAUAUCAGAUCAAGUCUUAUAUGAACCAAAUAGAGCCUAAAUCACCUUCACUUGGUUCAGCGAACUACAAUGUUCCGUAUUCUUUGACAAAGGGUCUGCAAAACGGGACCAGCCCGGCUAAGCCACCGGGCUUUCCGGAUCCUGUGGUGUCUCGGAACAGCUCGAUGCAACCCGAAAGAAGUUAUUUGAAUCAACCGGCUGAAACUAUGCAUAGUACCGUCAACGAGAAGAAAUAUUACAGCAUGCCGGAUAUUUCAGGGCUCUCGCUUCCUCACCGGGGCGGAAGCGGAACUCUUGACCGGAAGAUGCACGGGCUGUCUAUGUAUCCAGGCCCGUCGUAUGGACCCAGGACUCCUUCGGGCUAUGUGAGUCCAUACCAGUUAAGUUCCGGGUCAGACACAUGGUCCAUUUGGUCUAGACAACCUUUCGACCAAUACGGUGUUGCCGAAAAGGCCAACAACAGUAGGCUGAGCAUAAACACGCAGGACACCGGAUCUGCUGUUGAUUUAGAAGCAAAUAUUUUGAAAUCGUUGAGACUUUGUAUCGUGAAGCUGUUGAAGCUUGAAGGGUCAGAUUGGUUGUUUCAGCAGAAUAGCGGUCUCGAUGAGGACCUCGUGGAUCGUGUAGCUGCUAGGGAGCGGUUUCUUUAUGAAGUCGAGAGCGAGGAGAUGAACGGGUCAGCUCAUGCUGGUGACCCGGGUAUGAAAAUCGAUCUCGUGACCUCUAUUCCCAAUUGCGGGGAAGGUUGUGUAUGGCGGGCUGAUCUCGUAACAAGCUUCGGUGUGUGGUGCAUACACCGGGUUCUCGAGCUUUCACUCAUGGAAAGCCGGCCGGAGCUUUGGGGGAAAUAUACGUACGUUCUUAAUCGUCUUCAGGGGAUAAUUGAGCUGGCGUUCUCUAAACCACGAGCCGCAAUGAACCCGUGUUUCUGUCUUCAACUUCCGACUUCAUACCAACAGCGAAGGGCGUCUCCGCCUAUAUCCGCCACCAGUCUACCGCCACCGGCAAAACAAAGCAAAGGGAAAUGCACGACUGCAGCCAGUUUGUUGGACAUAGUGAAGGAUGUGGAGAUUGCAAUCUCUUGUAGAAAAGGUCGAACAGGUACUGCGGCUGGUGACGUGGCGUUCCCGAAAGGAAAAGAGAACUUGGCAUCGGUUCUGAAGCGCUACAAACGCCGACUGUCGAACAAGCCAGCAGAUGGAUUGAACAAGCCGGUUUCUUAUGGACUGUAAUUGACUUGAGUUUUGGUUGACAUUUGUGGGAGUCGAAAAGGAAACUCUUUUCGAGAUGGAUCAUCUCCGUAGACGUCGUCUUCGCUAUGUGAUCUGUAAAUUUUUUUCGUUGGCGACUCGAAGGUUUUCUUUGUUUUGUGUUAUUUAUUCGGGUAUUGGCGGAAUUAUAAACAGAAUUGGAAACAAGAUUAUGCAAAAUCAUAAUUUUAUAGCUAUCUACUAAAGAUAAAGCAAACUAUACAUGCUA